CUGCUCAGAUACAGCCUAUGCUCCCAGUGCUUCCAGGCUCACCAUGAUGAGGUUCCUGGCCAUCAUUGUGGCGUUCGUUGUCAUUACAGGAUCCCAGGCUUCUGAUGAUGAAAGCCGAAUUCCAAGAGUGGAGGAACUGCUCAGAUACUGGUUUGGUUUGCCCACGGCAUCAGAUUUCAUAUGGGACAACUUUAGCGAAUCAAAGACUGGGCAGGAAUUGUCAGGCCUGUUCCAUAAUGCAAGCCAACAAUUUCAUAAAUUUGACCGAGAGAUUCCAUCGGAGCUCACAGAACCCUUACAUCUCGUGAGUGCUGUAUAUACAGGUGUUAUGCUGAAAGCUUAUAGCGCUGUAACUGAGCUGAGAGACCAGCAGAAACUUCAAGAACCACUGAUAAACCUACUGGCGUAUUAUGUGGAACCCGUCCUGGAGAGGAUGGAACCAUAUUUUGAGUCCUUCGGACCGAUGCUCAAUGACGAACUGAGAUACAUUCAUGAGAAAUUGCCGGAGUAUUUUAAACCUCUUGACGAUGGGCUCUUCUUCUACCUCAAGAAGUUGGAAGACGCUAAACCGACCCUCCAAGACGCCGCCGACCAAACGCUGACUCGUUUCAUACAAGGGCUGGAGGCUCUUCACAAGAACCUGAAUCCUUACCUGAAACCCCUUCUGGAGGAGAGCAAAAAACACGAAACAGAGUUUAGGGAUUGGGUUCACGCCUCCAUAUUUCCCUCAGACUCGUGAUUUUUUUUUUUCAUGAGUAAGGGGGAGUGAUGCAUUGUGGAUCUUUAAGAAAAUCGGUGUGGAAGGGGUCACUAAAAUGAUGUGGUGGGCAGUAAUUUGUAAACUCCCCGCCUGGUGAUAUAAUAAAGGAGACAUUUUUAAAAACGGCUAGCCAA